AUGCCAGCGGGAGUGAUGAUUCCGGCAAGAAACAUGCCAUCGAUGAUUGGCGUUAAUGGAAAUGUUGGUGGGUUUGGAUCAUCUUCAGGACUUACUCUUGGUCAGCCAAACAUGAUGGAAGGUCAGCUUCACCAUCUAGACAUGACACAAAACACAUCUGAAGGCGACAUGGCUCGAAUCAGAGAUGAGGAGUUUGAUAGUACCAACACUAAAUCUGGCAGUGAGAACCAAGAUGGAGCAUCCGGUGAUGAUCAAGAUCCACGCCCCAAAAAGAAGCGCUACCAUCGCCAUACUCAGCAUCAGAUCCAAGAAAUGGAAGCUUUCUUCAAAGAAUGUCCACACCCAGAUGACAAGCAAAGGAAGGAGUUAAGCCGAGAAUUAGGGUUAGAGCCAUUGCAAGUCAAAUUUUGGUUCCAAAAUAAGCGCACCCAAAUGAAGACCCAGCAUGAGCGCCAUGAAAAUACACAGCUUCGAACUGAGAAUGAAAAGCUUAGGGCUGACAACAUGCGGUACAGAGAAGCUCUUAGCAAUGCCUCGUGUCCUAAUUGUGGGGGGCCUACAGCCCUUGGAGAGAUGUCCUUUGAUGAACAUCAUUUGAGGCUUGAAAAUGCCAGAUUAAGAGAAGAGAUCGACCGCAUUUCAGCGAUUGCUGCUAAGUAUGUGGGCAAGCCUGUGGUGAACUAUCCACUUAUAUCGGCUUCGAUGCCUCCACGUCCGCUUGACCUUGGUGUUGGGAAUUUUGGCGGACAACCAGGCAUUGGAGGGGAGAUUUAUGGAGCAGGAGAGUUACUUAGGUCGAUAAGUGCCCCUACUGAGGCUGAUAAGCCCAUGAUAAUUGAGCUUGCAGUUGCAGCCAUGGAGGAGCUAAUUAGAAUGGCCCAAAUGGAUGAACCCUUAUGGAUGAGCAGCCUUGAUGGAACAAAUGCGGUAUUGAAUGAAGAUGAAUACGUAAGGAUAUUUCCUCGAGGUAUUGGGCCAAAACCUGCUGGUUUUAAAUGCGAGGCUUCAAGGGAGUCUGCUGUUGUUAUCAUGAACCACAUCAACCUUGUUGAGUAUCUCAUGGACGUGAAUCAGUGGUCUACAUUGUUUUCGGGCAUUGUUUCAAGAGCUUUGACUUUGGAAGUGUUGUCAACAGGAGUUGCAGGGAACUAUAAUGGUGCCUUGCAAGUGAUGACAGCUGAAUUUCAACUUCCAACUCCACUUGUUCCUACUCGUGAAAGUUACUACGUGAGGUACUGUAAACAACAUGCGGAUGGGACUUGGGCGGUGGUUGAUGUUUCAUUGGACAAUUUACGCCCUAGUCCAUCAGCAAGAUGUCGAAGAAGGCCAUCUGGCUGUUUAAUUCAAGAAAUGCCUAAUGGAUACUCAAAGGUUACAUGGGUUGAACAUGUAGAAGUGGAUGAUAGAGGUGUUCAUAAUCUAUACAAGCAACUAGUUAGCUCAGGACAUGCUUUCGGGGCAACACGUUGGGUGGCAACCCUAGAUCGGCAAUGCGAGCGCCUUGCCAGUGCCAUGGCAACAAACAUUCCUGCUGGUGAAGUUGGUGUGAUUAUUAAUCAAGAAGGGAGAAAGAGCAUGAUGAAGCUUGCAGAGAGAAUGGUGAUAAGCUUCUGUGCUGGAGUGAGCGCCUCUACUGCCCACACUUGGACUACGCUGUCUGGAACUGGAGCCGACGAUGUUAGGGUUAUGACAAGGAAGAGUGUAGAUGAUCCAGGGAGGCCUCCUGGGAUUGUGCUUAGUGCUGCAACUUCCUUCUGGAUUCCAGUUCCACCAAGGAGGGUUUUUGAUUUUCUUCGUGAUGAGAACACUCGAAACGAGUGGGAUAUUCUAUCAAAUGGUGGAGUUGUCCAAGAAAUGGCACACAUUGCUAAUGGCCGGGAAACAGGCAAUUGUGUAUCUCUACUUCGAGUUAAUAGCGCGAAUUCGAGCCAGAGCAACAUGCUGAUUUUACAAGAGAGUUGCACUGAUCAAACAGCCUCUUUCGUAAUCUAUGCACCUGUUGAUAUCGUUGCAAUGAACGUAGUGCUUAACGGUGGGGAUCCAGAUUACGUGGCACUUCUUCCUUCAGGGUUUGCUAUUCUUCCUGAUGGAACUGCAGCACAUGGAGGAGGCAUGGAAGAGUCAGCCGGUGGAUCUCUUCUGACUGUUGCAUUCCAGAUUUUGGUUGAUUCAGUUCCUACCGCAAAAUUAUCUCUUGGAUCGGUUGCAACUGUUAACAACUUGAUUGCAUGCACUGUGGAGAGGAUUAAGGCUUCUUUAUCAUGCGAAUCUGCAUGA